AUGAUUCAUAUAUUGUUCUUUGUGUUCUGUUUAGUGAAUAGCCAUGAUAGUAAUAGAGUUCAUGGCAUUCAGCACACACUCCAAGAAGAAGAUUUGGAGUUAGAAAGAGAAUUUCAACUCAUUAACAAAUCUCCUCUGAAGAGUAUUCAUACAAAAUAUGGAUUUAUUGUUGACUGUAUUGAUAUUUAUAAACAACCAGUAUUUGAUCAUCCUUUAUUAAAGAAUCAUAAGUUACAGAGAAAACCCAGCUUUCAAAACUCAUUUGAAAAGGUAACUGUGAAGAAUUCUUCUACUAAAUUCGCAUUUGGACUUGAAAAAGAUGAAUGUCCCAGAGGAACUGUUCCUAUCAGAAGAAUAACAAAAGAUAAUCUCAUCCAAAGCAAAUUAUUAUUCAAUGAUCAUGUCUUAAGUGGAAGUUUUCCCGGUGUCCAUGUUGCAGAAGUUUAUCUCGAAUCAUUAUAUGGUCCUUAUUACAAAGUUACUGGAACUAAUAGCAUUUAUAAUCCAAAAAUUGACAGAAAAGAUCAAUUGAGUUUUUCUUAUAUGUGGGUUCGAAAUGGACCUAUAGAUGCUGCAAACAAAAUCUCUGUGGGAUGGCAUGUGGCUCCACGAAUUUACGGUGAUAGUGUAACUUAUAUUUUCGCAGCAUGGACGUCCGAUAAUUUCAAAAAAACAGGAUGCUACAAUAUAUAUUGUUCAGGAUUUGUUCAAACUGAUCCAGCAAAAUAUCUGGGUUCUCCUGUGAAUGAAACAUCAACCUACGGUGGAACAAUGAUCGAGCUUCCAAUUUCUAUUUCACAGGACCCAAAGACAAAUAAUUGGUGGUUAAAUGUGGAUGGAGCAAAUAUUGGAUAUUUUCCAUCAAAAUUGUUCUCGAACAUGAGUUCAGCUGAUGAAGUGGGUUGGGGUGGAAGAACAAUAACUUCUGCUAACACUCCGAGUCCUCCAAUGGGGUCUGCAUAUUUUCCAGAUAAAAAUUUUGUUCAUGCGUGUUAUUUUAGACAAGUCUCCUUUCAAAAUGAAUCAAGACAAGAUUAUGGACCUCGAAUAUCUCAGACAAGAUUACGAAAUGACAAUUCUGAUUGUUUUGGAGUUGACUAUUAUGGAAAUGUCGGACGAGAGUUUGGAUAUUCUCUCCAAUUUGGAGGACCCGGUGGUAAAUGUGAUAAUUGA